UGGAAGCUGACACUUCUAUAUAUUCCAAACUUCACCUCUACAAACACGAAGAAAUCUCAAAAAAAAAAUCCAAACCCCUGUUAUUUCAUCUCCACUUCACUAGAUCCAUCUCUUCUUCUCACGUACCCGAUUCCAGAGAUUUCAGAGAUUGAAAAUGGUGUCUGAGGCAAGCAAGAAGAAGGCUGCCCAGAAGAAGGCCGCCGCUGCCGCUAAGAGAGGAGGCAAGGUUGCUGCUUCAGCGAAAACGGCUUCGGUGAAAGCGGUUGAGAGUGUUGCCAACGGAAUUGGGGAUAUUCAGAUAUCUGAUCGGACAUGCACCGGUGUUCUCUGUUCUCAUCCUCUUUCCAGAGAUAUUAGGAUAGAAUCUCUGUCAGUUACCUUCCAUGGACAUGAUCUUAUAGUUGAUUCUGAAUUGGAGCUAAAUUAUGGAAGACGUUAUGGUUUGCUUGGAUUAAAUGGUUGUGGGAAAUCUACCCUACUUACAGCAAUAGGGUUACGUGAACUUCCUAUUCCUGAGCACAUGGAUAUUUAUCACCUUAGCCGGGAAAUUGAAGCCUCUGACAUGUCUGCAUUGGAGGCUGUCAUUAGCUGUGACGAGGAAAGGUUGAGAUUGGAGAAAGAAGCUGAAAUUCUGGGUGCACAGGAUGAUGGCGGUGGUGAAGCACUUGAACGAGUUUAUGAGCGACUGGAAGCUAUGGAUGCAUCAACAGCAGAAAAGCGUGCUGCUGAAAUUUUAUUUGGUCUUGGUUUCAACAAAGAGAUGCAGGCAAAGAAGACACGUGAUUUUUCUGGUGGAUGGAGAAUGAGGAUUGCUUUAGCACGAGCCCUAUUUAUGAACCCAACCAUUCUUCUUCUUGAUGAACCAACCAAUCACCUUGAUUUGGAAGCAUGUGUGUGGCUGGAGGAGAAUUUGAAGAAGUUUGACCGCAUUCUGGUUGUGAUUUCACACUCCCAGGAUUUCCUUAAUGGUGUCUGCACAAAUAUCAUCCACAUGCAAAGCAAAAAGCUGAAGUUCUAUACUGGUAAUUAUGAUCAAUAUGUUCAGACUCGUGCUGAACUGGAAGAGAACCAGAUGAAGCAGUAUAGAUGGGAGCAGGAGCAGAUCGCCUCAAUGAAGGAAUACAUUGCUCGAUUUGGCCAUGGAUCAGCAAAACUAGCUCGUCAAGCUCAGAGUAAAGAGAAGACUCUUGCAAAAAUGGAGCGCGGUGGACUUACAGAGAAGGUGGUAAGAGACAAGAUUUUAGUUUUCCGCUUCGUUGAUGUGGGUAAACUUCCCCCACCCGUCCUCCAGUUUGUGGAGGUGACGUUUGGAUACACUCCCGAUAAUCUUAUCUACAAGAGCAUCGACUUUGGGGUUGACUUAGACUCCAGAAUUGCUUUGGUUGGACCUAAUGGAGCUGGAAAGAGCACAUUCCUAAAGCUCAUAACCGGUGAUUUGGUUCCCUUAGAUGGCAUGGUUCGUCGUCAUAACCACCUUCGCAUUGCACAAUUUCACCAGCACUUGACUGAAAAGCUAGACCUGGAACUGUCUGCCCUUCAAUUUAUGAUUAAAGAAUACCCUGGAAAUGAAGAAGAGAGAAUGAGAGCAGCUAUUGGGAAGUUCGGAUUGUCGGGUAAAGCACAGGUGAUGCCUAUGAGAAAUUUAUCAGACGGACAAAGGAGUCGCGUGAUCUUUGCAUGGUUAGCCUACAGACAACCUCACUUGCUUCUCUUAGACGAGCCAACUAAUCAUUUAGAUAUCGAGACAAUCGACUCUUUAGCCGAGGCACUGAAUGAAUGGGAUGGUGGCCUGGUACUUGUUAGUCAUGAUUUUAGGCUCAUAAAUCAGGUAGCUCAUGAGAUAUGGGUCUGUGCUGAUCAAACUGUGACCAGAUGGGAAGGUGACAUUAUGGAUUUCAAGCAGCAUUUAAAGGCAAAGGCAGGUUUAGCUGACUGAAAAAAUAGUGUCUGUGAUACAGUAUUGUCCAAUAUGUCACUACAUCUGAAAUAUGUGUUGGUAUUUCAAUCUCUGGUCCUUAUCAAUUUGGUUGCUUGGAUGCUGACCAACUUAAUAUAUGGAUAAUGGAAUGGUAGAUGUUAUGUUACAUUUUUGUUGAUCUACUAGUUGUACACGACUUGUUUUAUGAGAUGAUAUGUUGUGAUGACUUGUUUUAUUAGAUGAUAUGUUCUGAUGUUAACGAAUAGUCAAUUUUUUUUACUAUUCUUCUCAUUAUAAUGAGACAAACCUGAAUGGAGAAAAGUAAUAUUAUUAUUAA